AUGGCUUCAAUCCUGCGCGACACCGUCUUUGAGCUCAUCAAACGCGAGGCUGCAGACGCCGACCCAGAUGAGCCCGAGGCUGGCCAGAAAGAGAUAUUCGCAUCAUGGUCGCUCUUCAUUCUCAUCAUGCUCCUCAUUGUCGCCCUGUUCACCAGUUACAUGCUCCAGACGAGGAAGAUCCAGGCCGUACACGAGACCGUCUUGUCCAUCUUCGCAGCUUCCGGCUAUGAACUCCACCAAGGAAACUUCUUCCGCAAUAUUGGAACCAUUCUUACAUUUGCCUUCGCUGGCACUUUCAUCUCUGCCAUGGUCUUGGGCCUGAUCCUCUACGUGUGGACCCGCAUCCCUCUCGAGGGUCUGGAUAUCACCUUCGUCGAGGCCAUCUCUGUCGGCGCAACUCUCUCCGCUACCGAUCCCUCGAUUCUCAAUGACGCUAUUGCCAUUGUGCUCUUCGAGACCGCUCAAAAGUACAGGGAGGGUGCUGCCAAAGGUCAUCUGACCAUCUUGAGUCUCUUUGAGAGUAUCGGUGUCUUCUUGCUGGUCUUCUUUGGCAGUUUGAUGAUUGGCUUGGUUGUCGGCAUUGGCACUAGUUUGUUGCUCAAGUAUACCCUUGUCAGGCGUUUCCCCAAGAUUGAGAGCUGUCUCGUUGUCCUCAUUGCAUAUGCGUGCUACUUCUUCUCCAACGCCAUCCAUAUGUCUGGAAUCGUGUCUCUCCUCUUCUGCGGAAUCUGCAUGAAGCACUAUGCUUACCACAACAUGUCUCGUCGCACGCAAUUGACAACAAAAUUCAUUUUCCAGGUCAUGGCUCAGCUCUCUGAGAACUUCAUCUUCAUCUACCUAGGUCUCUCACUCUUCACCGAAGCUGGACUGGAAUACAAGCCUCUCUUCAUUCUCAUCACUGUGGUCGGAAUUUGUGUUGCUCGAUACUGCGCAGUCUUCCCACUAUCGAAAGCUAUCAACUAUUUCAUCCGGUAUAGAGCCCGUAAGCUUGGCCGCGAGGAAGCAGACGUCCUACCGAAGAACCAUCAGAUGAUGCUUUACUGGGCUGGUCUCCGCGGUGCUGUCGGUGUCGCUCUGGCUGCCGGUCUACAAGGUCCUAACGGAUUUGCAUUGCGUGCUACGGUGCUGGUUGUCGUAGUGUUGACUGUCAUCAUCUUUGGCGGCACUACGGCGCGCAUGCUGGAGAUUCUGGAGAUCCGUACUGGAGUCGUGGAAGAAAUCGACAGUGAUGAUGAAUUCGAUAUCGAAGUUGUGCCAGGAUCCAACGGCACCUUUUCUAAGAAGGGCGGAUCUGGUUUCGGACACAUGCCUCGCUCAAGCGUGGGCGGGAUUUCUCUAGCCAGUGUUGCAAACGGGCGACCACGUGCAGAGAGCAGGUCGAAUAGAGCAGCGCUGUACAGCACUAGCAAUGCCAGCAGCCCUCCAAUUCGUCCUGGUGAUGGACUUGGCAGAAGAGCAAGCAGCAGGAGUGCACGAGAGCAGGCCGCGGCCGAACAAGGUCUGCUUUAUCCAGAUCAGAACGGAGACGCAUCUGACGAUGAUGAAUCAGGGCUCGACUUGCCACCAUCAGCUAAGCGAUCGCCUCUCAAAGAUUCAUUCCCAACGGCAUCUGGCGAGAGUACGCCGUACGCCGAUGAUAGAGCUAUCGAAGCAGGUCAGGCAGAGUCAAGCCACCUCACGGCUCGUGGAGCAUUGAGUCAAUUGAUGAAUGCAACCACCGAAGAUGCCGGCACUCUGUUCUCCAGGAUCGAUGAGGGCUUUAUCAAGCCACAUUUGUUGUUGGAUCCUGGCGGUACAAGGUCUCCUCGUCCCCCAGGAGGUGCAUAG